AUGCAACUGUCCAAAGACCACCACGAGGCCUUCUACCUGGGUUUCAUACUGAUCUCUUCUGAGAAGGGAGUACCUGUGAGGGCCACCAUCAAGACCAAGGCCAAAUGCAAAGUUGGUCAAAUAUCAGAGCUGCCUGUCAUAGAGUCUGAGCUGUUCAAAGUGGGCGAGGUGCAGAGGAAGGAGUGGCUGCGAGGCUUCAGCCAACCGAAGGAUGUGCAGUCAGACGAGCUACUGCUGGAGAGCGAGGUGGUCGUGGUGCGCGGCGUGGCGGAGUCCGCUCCAGGACCCGCCAACAGUCUCAAGGGUGACCUGGCAAUGCUGCUCAAGCUGGAGGAGGACGCUGACGUCACGCUGCUGGCCGGUUCCGGCGCGAAGCGGCUGAGGGCGCACUCGACGAUCCUGCGCGCUCGCAGUCCUGUGUUCGCUUCCAGGUUGCAGUCACCGGAGGUAGCCACCAAAUCUGGCUACGUGUUCGACAUGCAGGACGUGAAGCCGCGCGUGGUCAAGGAGCUGCUUCGCUACAUCUACACCGACAGUACUCCGGAGCUGUCUCAGAUGCCGGAGGAGCUGCUUGCUCUCGCCAACAGGUUCGAGCUGAUGGGCCUGAUGAGGCGCUGUGAACUGGAGCUUUGCCAGAAGCUGACAGUGGACAAUGCUGCCCGAACUGCACUGCUAGGGGUGCAACACUCCUGCCUGACGCUCCUGCAGGUCGUGGUGCCAUUCAUCGAGCAGAGGUACGGAGAAGUGAUGGGCACCCCUGGAUGGACUGUCGCUGUCCGCACCGACCCCGAAGCCAUGGCUACUGUCAGCCGACUCAUCUCCGAUGCUGCCAAGGGACAGAUCAAAAUUCGACUUUCAUCGCACUAA